CUUUCGAAUUGCCGUCCUUGUCCUCACUCUCCCUCACCUCAUCUAAUUAUCCGUUUGGGGAAAACUCUACCGUGAUACCAACGGCAAAACCAACGCCGAAACAGGAAAGAACGACAAUAGAAGAAAGCAUACUAACCCUAAAAAUGGCAAUCGCGCAAAAGAGGCCUAAGAGGAAUGCGAAAACGUUCUUCUGAUAAUCCAUUCCAACAGAAACGAUAAAAUUGCACAAGGCCUACGACUCGCCACCCGCGUCUGUACUACCCACCCAGAUCGUCCCAACCUCCGCACAUAUUCGAGGAACAAGAAUUGCGCGCACCGGAAGGAAUGCCAAAGAUAACUAUCGAAACCUGAGUGUUCAGAAGAUUAAUGGUUUUCUUCGCAAUUACGAAUUCCAUUAUUUCAUCGAAGAGGCGUUCUUCUUCAAUUUCACCGUUGAAGACUACGUGCAGUGCUACUCUGCUGCAACGACAGAGGUCGAUGAUGUUGAAAACAACAAAACGACAUGUCGUCACGUGCCUCAUCGAAAAUACUUGGUGACUUGUGUGCUGUGGUGCGGAUCAGUUGUUUGAGAAAUUGGGCGAGAAAAGGAGUAAGUAUAGAUAUUGGAAGACAAGACAUGAACCCUAGGCCACUGGUGCCAUUGGUUAGGACGGCUGCAGUUAUCUUUGGUGGAGUAGUCACUCUCAACUUGACUUCCACUGUUACCAUUAAAUUGCUUCGCUUUGCGUCUGAGAAGAAACGGGAAAAAGCUGCGUUGCCGUGCAGGGCUUGUAGAGGGAAGGGGUUUUAUAUAUGCAAACUGUGCAAUGGGAAUGCCACCAUAGCUUGGUCGCCCAUGUUCGACCCUAUUGCAAUUAACCCCUGCGUUUGUCCUACUUGCGAAGGAAACAGGGUUCAGCGUUGUUUGAACUGUCUGGGAAAAGGCUAUGACUGACUAUUAUGAGAUUUUGAGAUGGAUAGUGCUGCAUUUAUUUUGUUCUGUGAUGGAUGAUGAUUAAGCGAGUGACUUGAUCAAGAUUAUUUUGAGUUCUGUAAUAAAUCGUGGCCUACAAAAAUGAGGAAUCAUCGCAACCUUUUCUGUGGCUUGGCGGUGCUCCUUGGAGAUGCUGACGGGCUUUAAACUUAAUUUGCCUGUAUACUGGCUCUCUCAUCACUAGCUUACAAUUAUAACUUUUAAGUAUAUUAUAAUUUUUCAUGUUUUUGUUUUUGUUAUAGCUUGCAGAAGUGGGUUGCUUUUUGUUUACACAUCAUGUCAGGUUAAGUUGUGUAAGAAAAUAAAAUUUCUAGUAUCGAGAUGUAGUCUUCUGUGCAGAGUGUGAUUUGGACAUGAAGUUGCAGUGAACAAUAAUAGUGUUUGAAGAAGUAUAAUUUAAGGACUGGAUAAGUUGAACGCAGAGGUGCGUUAAAUGUCUAUGGUUCAACUCAUAAAUCUUAUGAAGGUUGUCAGCCAAUGCGUUUUAGCAACGGAAGAUAUCACUUUAGUAGAGCAUAUGUACCAAACAAGAUAAACCUUUGUUCUGGUAAUAUAAUCUUUAUCGUCAAAGAAUUUGUAAUUGCUUCUCCAGAUGUCCCCUAAGCCAAAAUUUUCUCCCUCAGGAACAGUUCUUCCAGUUUAGUUCAUAUCCAAAACAGAGUUAGUAGACGAACUUCGAGUAGAACCCAAAUCCAACUCACGAUUUUCCUAUGAUCAUCAACAAAAUUCAAUGCCCUGUUCUCAACAAUAGGCAGUGUACCAUUUCUUCUAGUUGAAUCAAAUGUUCUAUUCAGUGUU